AUGAUUAACUCUUCAAGAUUCACAAGAAAUAUUUUUAAUAACAAAUUCUAUAAGCCUAAAUUGCGUUUGAAUUCUUUUGUUUUUUCUAUAAAUUUAACAACAAAAACAAAACACUCUAAUGGCCCUACUGGAAUUGUUUUUUUAAAUAUGGGUGGACCAUCUAAACUCUCUGAAGUUAAGGAUUUCUUAUUUCGAAUUUUUACAGACAGUGAUUUAAUUCCACUUGGAUCAAUGCAGAAAUGGCUUGGAUCUAUCAUUGCAAAAAUAAGAGCACCUAAGGUGUCAAACUAUUAUAAAAAAAUAGGUGGAGGGAGUCCAAUCCAUAAAUGGAGUGAACUCCAAGCACAAGAAGUGUGUAAAAUACUUGAUGAAAUAAGCCCAAGAACAGCUCCUCAUAAACCUUAUGUUGCUUUUCGAUAUUCUGCACCAUUAACAGAAUCUGUCAUACUGGAAAUGUUAAAUAACAAUAUAACUAAUGCUGUAGCAUUUACUCUUUAUCCACAAUAUUCAUGCUCUACUACAGGGUCUAGUCUUAAUGAAUUAUAUUAUCAAAUUCAAAAACUUGAUACACAUAAUCAGAUUCGCUGGAGUGUUGUAGAUCGUUGGCCAACGCAUUGUGGACUCAUUGAUGCUUUUAAAGAUAAUAUUAUAGAAACGUUGAAAACAUACCCAGAAAAUGAUAGAAAUGAUGUAAUUAUAUUAUUUACUGCUCAUUCUUUACCAAUGAGCAUUGUAAACCGUGGCGACCCAUAUCCACUGGAAGUUGCUGCAACAGUUUAUGCUGUUAUGGAGAAGUUAAACUUUUCUAAUCCUUAUCGGCUUGUUUGGCAAUCUCAAGUUGGACCAUCCACAUGGCUAGGUCCUCAAACAAAUCACGUUAUAAAUAGUUUUACAAAAAUGGGAAAACAGAAUAUUAUUUUGGUCCCAGUUUCAUUUGUUAGUGAUCAUAUUGAAACUUUAUUUGAAUUAGAUCUUCAAUAUAUUGCUAAUGCUAAAAGAUCUGGGUUUAAUGGUAUAAAGCGAGUAAGCAGUUUGAAUAAUAAUUUUACUUUUAUCCGAGGAAUGGCUGAUAUACUUAAAAAUCAUUUAACUAAUGGAAGAAAAAGCAGUACGCAGCUUGAAUUAUUGUGCCCAUCUUGUAUAAGUUUAAAAUGCUAUUUAACAAAAUCCUUUUUUAAUAAUAUUGGAUAUACGGAAAUUCUAUAA